AUGGCGGCCGUGGCGCACGACCGGCGGAGAAGGGGAUGUGCUCCCGGGGCUACCUCCACCGCUGCGGCUGAAGACGACGGGGAGGAGCAGCAACUCAACCCCUUCCUCUUGGACGCGGCACCCUCGUCCUCGAGAGUCCAGUUCAGGAACGUCGCGUCGCGGGCGCGGUGGGUGGAGGAGGCUGGUGCGGCAGGGGUGUUGGACAACAAGGGGAAGCUCUGGCUGACCACCGGCAUAGCACGGGGUGGCAAGCUCUACUACAAUGUGGAGGAGAUCGGGUUCUUGGCAGAAAGAGGGGCAUUGGUUCUUCUUGAUGACAAGGAUGAAACAGUUGGAAUGGAGGAUAUCUAUGGAAAGAUUGCAACAGGAAGUUAUGGGUGCUCCUGGGAUGCCUUCCAAGCUUACAGGCACUUGAAGUUGCUUGGCUACAUUGUUGGACGGUAUGACAUUCCCUGGACAAUGAAGCAAAUCCGUUCUGGUGAUGUCACCAAUUCCCCCGUGAGUAUGGAUGGCACAAGCCAGAGCUUUGGUAAAGCCAAUGGUGCCUGCAAUGACAUUACCAAAUUGCUCGAAGGAAUGCACAUAGAUGGGAUGUAUCCAUGCUUUAAAGUGCAUCUACCAAAUAGCAAAUUUAAGAAGUCGUCCCCAGGAGUCCCUAGUUCUCUUGUAUGUCUGUUAAGAGACAAGCCACCUUCAAGGGAUGAACUGGAAACAGUGGAGAACAAGUUUGACGGCAUUCCUCUUAAAUUCUGUCAAGUUGUUAAUGGGCGUGUCAGCUUCCUCUCCUUCAAUAAAGUUACACUUCCUAGUUUGUCCUGA